AAGCAAGAUGGCCGCAGCAAACGCGACAUCAGGACAAUACCCUCCCCAGGGCGCACAGGGUGGACAGGGUGGCUACCCCGGACAGCAGCAAUAUCAGGCUUACCCAGGCGGCCCACCAGGUGCCGGCGCACCUCCUCAGGUAAGCAUAGCAGUUCUCUUUCUUUGUACUUCCUUGCUCUGCAUCGUCAUCACCAUCCGAACACCCGCGCCACACUAUACUAGGUCGUCGCACGCACUUCACUCGGACCUACAUCGCUGUUGGUAUUCUUAUUGCGCCUCUACUAUCUCUUAGACGUCAUCCUAGGAAUCGACACACAUUUCACCUCUUGGCAACUACGAUGCCUCUUUCGAGCAAGAUGGCGAGUAACAACGCCAGCUAUCAGGCCUACGCAGGUCAACAACAACCACAACCUUAUGCGCAAGGCGCGCAACCUCCGCAACCUCUUCGUCCCGGCUCCCAGGCGCCGCCACAGUCUCCGUAUGCUCAGCCUCAGAACCCGAGCGCAUAUGGAACAUCUUCGCCCUACCCUCAAGGACAGAUGGGAUACAACAGGCCCCCUCCUCCACCGCCACCUGGUCACAUGCCCCAAUCCAUGUAUUCUCCUCAACCUCAGCAACCCCAGUCUCCAUACCCAGGACAGGCAGCCCCAAAUCAAUGGAACCAACCACCACCUACGCCACCAUACGGACAGCAACAAUUUCAGCAACCCUACCAGCAACAGCAGAAUCAGUGGGGCCAGGCGCAACAACAACCUCCGUACGGUCAACAACAACAGUUUGGCCAAACUUUUGGCCAGGUACCACCAUACUCGCCUCAAGGCGGCCCACCGGGAGGACAGCAAUAUGGAGCUCCUCAGCCACAGCAAGUCCAGGCAGGUCCUAAUGAGAUUGCCGGUUACAAGCAGUUGUUGCAAGCCUGUAUCCAGGAGAAGGGACUUCAGAACUUCUACCCACCAAACUCUCCGAUUCUUGACCAGAUCGCCAACCAAGCUCCGGCCAAAAUCAACCAGAUCAUUCAGCGCUGGGGUAUCGCAAAAGAGAUUGCCAACGACAUUGUCAAGUUGGCUCUCUACGACAUUGUCAUCUACAUUGAUGACAGUGGUUCCAUGCAGUUCGAGGAGGAAGGUAGCCGUAUCAAGGACUUGCGCCUUAUUCUGGAGCGAGUCUCUUUUGCGGCCACACUCUUCGACGCCGACGGUAUCUCUCUGCGUUUCAUGAACACUGAUCUCGCUGGCAUGCGUGACCAGCAGGGACGACCCCUCCACGACGGCGUAACGAACGAAUCCCAGAUUGAACAGAUCAUGCGUGGUGUUCAGUUCAAGGGUCUUACACCUAUGGGUACCCAGCUCCGAAAGAAGGUCAUUGACGACAUAGUACUCAACAAGGCCGCUCAGGGUCAGCUCAAGAAGCCAGUCUUGGUCAUCUCCGUCACAGAUGGUCAGCCGGCUGGUGAGCCUCAGAACGCUGUAUUCGAUACUAUCCGUUACGCAUUCGAUACCCUCCAGUCGCGCUUCCCACAGUACGGUCAUGGAGGUAUCGCAUUCGAAUUCGCACAGGUCGGAAACGAUGAGAUGGCCAAGAAGUUCCUUGGAAAGCUUGAUGAGGAUCCUCAGAUAGGCAGACAGAUUGACUGCACAUCAAACUUCGAGAACGAGCAGGAAGAGAUGAUGCGCGCCAAUCCACCGGUAGAUUUAAGCCCGUCUCUGUGGAUUGUAAAGCUCCUCCUCGGUGCCAUUGAUCACAGCUACGACUCCAAGGAUGAGAAAUCCAACCACCCAGCCCCUGGCGGCUACGGCGGUCCUCCCGGCCAGCAGGGCUACGGACAGCAGGGCUACGGACAGCAGCCUCCACCAGGUCAGUACGGCGGUCCUCCUCAGGGCCAGUACGGUGGUCCCCCACAGGGUCAAUAUGGCGCUCCCCCACCAGGCCAAUACCCUCCCCAAGGACAAGGCCAGUAUCCUCCUCAGCAGGGUGGCCAAGGACAAUACGGCGCUCCACCACCAGGCCAGUACCCGCCACAGGGUCAACAACAGUACGGCCAGCAGCGUCCGCCACAGGGCGGAUAUCCCGGCCAGCAGCAGUACGGUGCGCCUCCCCCCGGUGGCAGGUACUAGGUAGGCAUACGAGGGCGAAGCAAAACCGUCUCACGUUAAGGCUACGGACUUGUGAAUGAGCGGGGUUUCACGAAUGCUACGGUGUUCUGAUCUGGGCGGGAUUGGGGGGUUGCGUGGGUGCGGACUGGUUCGUCUGCGGAUGGACUCUGGUAGCUCAUGAAUAUGAUUCCUGAAUUGAAGUUUUGUGCUAUCGUGUCUUGUCUUGUGAUCGAAAGACCAGGAAUUAGAUUGCACGCAGAGAGAUUGUUGCAAUAGCUUGCUUGACUACUACACACAAGAAUAGUGUGAAACCUAUUCGCUUUGGGUGUUAUCGGUAUACGUCUACUAGCGUUUUGUCCCCGGGGUAUCCAACCUUGCAGUUGGUGGUUGUUAUGCUGCAAGCAACGUAGUGUGUCCGUAGCUUUAUACUUGUACCUAGAUCACUGCACUGUCGGGG